CUCUCAUCCUCAAGAUUCAAGGGUGUUCAGCACUGAAGCUUCGUCCACUCACAGCUCUCAGUGUCUGCCUGUCUGUUACUGGAGUUUUGUCCUUCCCUUUACUGAAAAUGGCUCCAAACAUCAAAUUCUGCUCUGUCCUAUGGAUAGUUGUUGCAAUUAUUGCAGUGACUCCAACGACAACAUUGGCUCAAACCGUAACAGUGACUCACACCGAAAUAGUAACUGCAACGGUGACUCACACCGAAGUAGUAACUGCAACAUUGACGCAAACAUUCACCGCAACGUUAAUUCCAACUACAGCAGAGAUAACUCCAACCAUAACCGAGACUCCAACCACGACCGUGACUCCAACCGCAACAGAGACUCCAACCACAACCUUGACUCCAACAGCAACGGAGACUCCAACUGUAACAGAGACUCCAACCACAACCGUGACUCCAACCGCAACAGAGACUCCAACCGCAACAGUGACUCCAACCACAACCGUGACUCCAACCAUAACAGUGACUACAACCACAACAGUGACUCCAACCACAACAAUGACCACUCCAACCACAACAGCUACAACUCCAACCGAAACAGUGACGACUCCAACCACAACAGUGACAACUCCAACCACGACAGUGACGACUCCAACCACAGCAGUUACAACUCCAACCGCAACAGUUACCACUCCAACCGAAACAUUGACCACUCCAACCACAACAGUAACCACUCCAACUACAACAGUGAUGACUCCAACCGAAACACUGACCACUCCAACCACAACAGUUACCACUCCAACCGAAACAGUGACGACUCCAACCACAACAGUGACGACUCCAACCACAACAGUGACCACUCCAACCGAAACAGUGACGACUCCAACCACAACAGUGAUGACUCCAACCACAACAGUUACCACUCCAACCGAAACAGUGACCACUCCAACCGAAACAGUGACCACUCCAACCACAACAGUUACCACUCCAACCACAGCAGUGACCACUCCAAUCACAACAGUUACCACUCCAACCGAAACAGUGACUCCUCCAACCACAACAGUUACCACUCCAACCGAAACAGUGACGACUCCAACCACAACAGUGACCACUCCAACCGAAACAGUGACCACUCCAACCACAACAGUGACCAGUCCAACCGAAACAGUGACCACUCCAACCACAACAGUGACCACUCCAACCGAAACAGUGACCACUCCAACCACAACAGUUAUCACUCCAACCGAAACAGUGACCACUCCAACCACAACAGUGACCACUCCAACCGAAACAGUGACCACUCCAACCGAAACAGUGACCACUCCAACCACAACAGUGACACCUCCAACCACAACAGUGACCACUCCAACCACAACAGUGACAACUCCAACCACAACAGUGACCACUCCAACCGAAACAGUGACCACUCCAACCACAACAGUGACAACAGUGACCACUCCAACUGCAACAGUGACCACUCCAAACGAAACAGUGACGACUCCAACAACAACAGUUACCACUCCAACCGAAACAGUGACGACUCCAACCGAAACAGUGACCACUCCAACUGAAACAGUGACGACUCCAACUACAACAGUGAUGACUCCAACCGAAACAGUGACGACUCCAACCACAGCAGUGACCACUCCAACUGACACAGUGAUCACUCCAACCACAACAGUGACGACUACACCCACAACAGUGACUCCAACAACAAGUCUUCCAGGUACUACAACAGCUCCAGGUACUACAACAACAGUUCCAGAUCCAUGUGCUUCAAACCCUUGUGGUAAAGGAAGCACGUGUGAGGCUCGAGCUAAUCAAGGCUUCAUAUGCUUGUGUCUGGCUGGUGAUAACUACAACAACAAAACCCGCCGUUGUGAGAGUGCCAAAGUUUUCCCUGGACACAUAAACCUGCCUGCAAUAGCAUUUGAGAAGGGCAUGUUAAACAAGACAUCACCAGUGUUCAAAAGGACUGCAGACAAUAUUACCCAAGAGCUGGAUGACAUUUUCAGAUUUGAUACUACUUACAUUCGAUCUAUAGUUCUGAAACUGUGGCCAGCUGACAACAGGCAAUUUAGGGAGUUGGUUGGCAUCAAUGCGUCAAUAGAGAUCAUCUACUCACCAGAAUCCAACAUCACAACAACAGGGGUUGAAAGCGUUUUGGAGAAGGCUGGCGAACGCCCCAGCGGUCCACUGGCAGGGUCAAGUUAUGCUCCGGUAAACGUGUGUGACAAUGAUCCAUGUGAAGGAGCAACCACAAAAUGCUCGUCAGAAGAUGGUGUUUUCAACUGCACCUGUACAGCUGACUACGUUCCGAGCAUGUACAGUAACAGAAAAUGUGAUGCUUGUCCCCCUGGACAAAAAGCAGAUAAUUCUAAGUGUGUCAGUUGUCCAUUUGGUCAUUCUGGUCUUAACUGCAAUGAAACAUGGCAGUUCACCCUGGUGAUCGUCGGCUCCGUGCUCGGUGCAAUUCUGCUCAUAGCCCUCGUUCUUCUGCUGUUAGUCAGUCACAUGUCUUCGAAGAAAAAGUCGAAGACAAACACGACUGGAUUCUUUGGAAAUGUCUUCGUCAACCAGCCUACUUCCAAGGCACCAUUGAGCAAUGUCCACGCAGUCCACAGCCAGGGGUCAGCCACUGGCUUGGCAGCUUAUACCCAGAGUGGGGUUGUUAGACUUCCACGGGCAAAGGUCGAUGACACUUGGAACAGCAACACCAACCUGGAGAUGACUGCCAGCCACAAUCGGCAAAACCUUGUCCCUGCAGGGAGGAACAACAUCAGUGACCAGAGCAGGGGCUACAACAACCCUUACUACACGCGAGACAAUGAGAAUUAACUUCUCAAAGACCGAAAGUGAUCUAAUUUUUUUCCCACCAUGAAGUUUGGGAUAUGAUAUCUCUUUACAAAUUUAUCUCAUUUAUUUCUGUUGCUGUUAAUGAAUACUUCUGUGUUAAAAUGUGCAAUCACUGGACAUUUACUUUAUUUAUUUCUGUUUAUUAAGGCUAUCAUAUUUUGCGAGUUAUUGUUUUCUCCUUUUAUGCAAAUAUAUAUUCUAUACGUUCUUUCUGUCAGUUUUGUUUUGUCAGCAUGUUUGGUAAAUGUGUCUUUAAGACUAGUGCAUUGAUUUUGAGUUUGAUGACAAUCACCGCCAUCUAGUGGCGUAGAGCAGAAGCAGCAAGUGAGUUUAUAUUGGGAGCAAGAGGGCAGCCAAGGAGUUCUCAAAACAUGUCUGUCCUGUGUGUUGUGUCUGCUGAUUUCCUCACUUGUACUUGAGAACGGCAUAAUCUGUAAGUUCAGUGUAAAAUGAUUUUUGGUUAUGGAUGCCUUCAUUUGUGUUUUUAAGGUCAACUAAAACAUAGAAACAUAGAAAUAGUUUUCUAUCUGGUAUUUAUGUUUCUACAUUGAAUUACAAACAACAAAUGGUACACCAGUAAAGCUCAGAAGAACACAACACAAGUCUCACAACA